UCCUGGAAGAGGUGGGCUCAGGGAUGCACCCCAAUAUCUGAAUGUCCCCCGACCACAAUUCCUCAUUUCACAGGUGUGGGGAGACGGAGAGGGUGAGCAGCGGUUGGAAAUGGGGUAGGGGCAAGGGGAUCAUCUGUUUUCCCCGGUUUCCCGCUGGCCGCAGGCUCCCCCUGGAGGCCCGGCGGGGAGGGUAGUUCUUGCGGGGAACGCACCGCCAGCGGCUGCAGGCGGGAAGGUGCAGGAAGCGGCGGCUGGAAGACCCUGGAAGCCGAGCUGGCUCGCACUGCGUGACCCGGGCCCACCCCUCCGGAGAGGAGCGCUCCGAUAGGCCGGGCAUGGGUUCCCGGAACGGACCGGCCCUCCUGCUGGGCUCCGGACCAAAGGUUGCACCAAGGGCUGACCUGGGACCGCGGUGACCCCGCCCAGCUCCCCGCCUGGCCCACCCGCAACUGCUGAGCCAUGGGCGCUGUGGGCUCCUCGGUGCUGAGCCGCCUCCGUGUCCCACCGCCACGAUCGUCCGCGCAGCCCAGGACCGCCUGGCUCGCAGCGGCAGCGCUGGGACUGGCCGCGGUGGCGCUGGGGACGGUCGUCUGGCGCCGCACGCGGUCCAGGCGGCCGCGGCGGCUGCAGCAGGUGGGCACCGUGGCGCAGCUGUGGAUCUACCCGGUCAAGUCCUGCAAGGGGGUGGCGGUGAGCGAGGCCGAGUGCACCGCCCUGGGGCUGCGCAGCGGCAACCUGCGGGACAGGUUUUGGCUGGUGAUCGAUGAGACGGGGAACAUGGUGACCGCUCGCCAGGAACCUCGCCUGGUCGUGAUUUCCGUGACCAGUGAGGGGGACGCCCUGACCCUCCACGCACCCUCCAUGGAGGACCUGCUGCUGCCCCUCAGGACGCCCUCUGCAGGCGCGGUGUGGAAGUGCAGGGUUCACGGCCUGGAGAUCCAGGGCAGGGAUUGCGGCGAGGCGGCGGCCCGGUGGGUCACCAGCUUCCUGAAGACCCGGCCCUGCCGCCUGGUGCAUUUCGAGCCUCACAUGCGACCCAGGAAGUCCCACCAGAUGAAGGACGUGUUCCGGCCCACAGACCAGGUCGCUUACGCCGACGCCAGCCCUCUCCUGGUCCUCUCGGAGGCCUCGCUGGCCGACCUCAACGGCCGGCUGCAGCAGAAGGUCAAAGCCGCCAACUUCAGGCCCAAUAUCGUCAUUUCGGGGUGUGCCGGCUACGCGGAGGAUUCGUGGAACGAGCUUCGUGUUGGAGGCGUGGAGCUGAGGAGGGUGAUGGCUUGUUCCAGGUGCAUUCUGACGACAGUGGACCCGGACACCGGCGCCAUGAGCAGGAAGGAGCCGCUGGAGACGCUGAAGAGUUACCGCCUGUGUGAGCCUUCUGAACAGAAACUCUAUGGAAAAUCGCCUCUCUUUGGACAGUACUUUGCCCCGGAAAGCCCGGGCACCAUCAAAGUGGGAGACCCCGUGUACCUGCUGGGCCCCUGAUAGGAACCACGGGUCCUGGCAGAUGUCCUCCAAAGAUGUCCUCAGAAAUGCCAGCGCUUGCAGAACAGCCUUUGGGAACGGAGCCCUCCGCGUUUUCUUUAGAUCUGUGAUUUCCAAGUCUUUCCUCUGUCGGACGUCCCAGUGCUCAAAGCAGAGAAAUACACUCUCGACAGCAAAGCCGGACUUCAGGAAGUCACUUCAAGGACAAGAUUCUGAAACCGUGUUUAACUGCGGCUGUGGGAUAAUUCUUUCUCCUGCUUCUACAUUCGUCUACCCAGAACUCUCACCUCCACCACCACCUCCUUACCUGCUCCCCAGGGACAGAGAAAAGAAGAGAAAGAGGAAGAGUGGGCGAGUGAGGGGAAUGUUCUGGAAUGUUCCGGAAGGUUUUAUUGCCGUGUAUGGAGGGCACGCCAUGGAAAUUAAAUACCUCCCCAAAUAAGGCUGGAAUAUCACUUUGCUUUACCCCUCAAGCCCUGGGCUGGCUCUUGGAAGGACCCUCAGGGACCAUGUAAGAACCACAGCUCUUCUUGGAUCUGGCCCGGCUGCCCCUCCGUCAGUGUCCAUGGAGAUUUGGUGAACCCUCGUCAACACGCAGCCUCUGGGCUGUGGGACAGCAGAAGUGUCGGGCUGGACGUCCCACCUGUGACAAGGUGGCUGUCACACGCUGAUAAGGAAACAUGUGAAAAGCAAGACCAACCAAAACGUCCCUGCGGUGAAACAAGAGUAUCAGACACAUUCCACUCAUGAUCCAGGGCUUCUCCCGACGGGUGACAGUGAGCAGCAGCACCACAGAGGGGAGACCCCCGGUGGGAUGCUGUCUGAGAUGCCCGUUGAUGUUGCCCGGGAAGGAAAGGUAGGGCGCCUCUGCAGGUAAGAACCCAAAGGAAGCUUCUUGGCAGGAAGUGGUGCCAUCUAGUGGCACUGGAGGGCAACGCAGGCUAUGCUGUUGAAAAGACUGGGGGAAAAAAAAACAACUGUGGGUGGGGUUUAGUUUUCUGUUAGAAUAUUUUUUUUUAAGGAAGUCGGGUACCCUCCAGGUGUUUUCUGCUUCUCUGCCAGCGUCAUAUGCGUUCCUGAAAGGGUGGCUGUGCUGUCCCGGAGCGCUCCCGGGCCCUCGCAGCCCCAUCAGUGCAUGACCGGGCGCUCAUCUUCAAGUUCAGGGCGAGAAACCUCUGAGGUCCACAGACAGGAAGAAACGUGAUUGUGUGAUUCAGAAUAAGCCACUGAAGACCUCUCAGGGGAGAAAGGGAAAACGGGCCCAUUCAUUGAAAAACCAAUGUCUGCUUUUUCUGUUGAUGGAACGAGGGAACUACCUUCCGACAAAGUGUAUCGUCACUGUUCUGUGCUUUGAUUGUGUUAUUAGGGAGCCGACAAAAUCAUGAAAAGAAGAGUUUCAAAAAUGUAAAUAAAAGGAAGCUACUUUGA